AAAAAGUGGUUCAAAAUUAUGAUUCUGGACGCGUCUGCUCCUAAAAUCUCCCUCUCUAAUCCAAUCCUCUCCCUUCCUUCUCUCUCUAAUUUCGACAAAUGGGGCUCAAGGGUUUCUCUUAGCUAUCUUCCCUCGCUAGAUUUUGCAAAACCCUAGUUUCUUCAUCGUCUUUAUCACUGUAUAUAUCCAAGGAAACCUGGUCUUCCUUUUGUGUACGCUGCCACGGUUUUGGUGUUUGUUUGAUUCUCUGUGUGGUUUUCUGCAAUGUCAGUCUCCGGUGGUGUUUCGAUUGCCCGAAUCCGUGGGGAGAAUCGGUUCUAUCAUCCACCUGCGAUGCGGCGUCGUUUGCAGCAGCAGCAGCAGCAGCAACAGCAACAGCAGCAGCAGCAGCAGCAGCAGCAGCAGCAGCAGCAGCAGAAGCAAACUGCCUUGGAUUUGAAGGAGGUUGCUGCUGCUACUACUGCGAGGAUCGAUGAGUUGGAGAAGAGUGAGGUUGAUGAGUGUCGUUCUUGGUCUACUCGCUCGGAUUGCUCUGUUUCUGAUCGUGGAGUUGCUGAUUCUACUAAUUUGGAUCGGUUCUUGGAGUACACUACUCCCGUUGUUCCGGCUCAAUGUUUUUCUAAGACGAGCCUAAAGGGAUGGAGAAAUCGUGAAGUCUCAGAGGCACCUCCUUAUUUUGUGCUCGGUGAUCUCUGGGAAUCUUUCAAGGAAUGGAGUGCAUACGGAGCGGGUAUCCCUCUAUUGUUAAAUGGUAGCGACUCUGUAGUACAGUACUACGUUCCAUAUCUGUCGGGCAUACAACUCUAUAUAGAUCCAUCAAAAUCCUCUGCCUUAAGAAGGCGUGGUGCUGAUAGUGAUGCUGAGUCCUCAAAGGAAACAACUAGUGAUGGAAGUAGUAAUUGUGGGAUGGGAAAAAAAACUAGUACGGCUCUUCAGGAUGAGUGGAUACAGGACUCCAGUGUUACUGGGUCACGAAGAGCGCUUCAAAUGAAUGUACCCUCUGCCGAGUCAUCAAGUGAUGAAAGUGACUCUUGCUACCGUCAAGGUCAGCUUGUGUUCGAAUACAUGGAGCUUGAUCCACCAUUUUGUCGUGAACCAUUAACUGAUAAGAUCACUAUCCUUGCAUCUCGUUUUCCUGAAUUGAAAACAUAUAGAAGCUGUGAUUUAUCUCCUUCCAGUUGGAUAUCUGUGGCAUGGUAUCCAAUUUAUAGGAUUCCCACGGGUCCAACUCUACAAAGUCUAGAUGCUUGCUUUUUGACCUUCCAUUCUCUGUCUACAGCAUUUCAAGGCAUCGGCACCGACGGGUUGCAAUUCCAUUGGCCAAGAGUUCGAGAGGUGCACACUGCAAAUUUGCCUCUCAAACUACAGUUGCCAACAUUUGGACUUGCUUCCUACAAGUUCAAAUUUUCGUUUUGGAAUUCAACUGGUGUGGAGGAAUGUCCAAAGGCUAACACAUUGUGGCAAGAUGCCGACAACUGGCUCAGGUCAUUAAACGUGAACCAUCCCGAUUACAGAUUUUUUGCAUCUCAUACUUCGUCCGGGAGAUGAUAAGGAAAAGAAUGUUAUGCAUGAUGCUCAAAUGUGGGAUUACCAAAGAAACUCGCUUCUUCGAAGUGUCGUGAAAAUUUAUAUGGGAUCUAUGGCAUUUUCUGAAUUACUAUAUGUUGACCAUAUAAAGGGUUUUGUACAGGGAGAAUGAUGUUGAUAGUAACAUUACGGUUGAAAUGAGGAUUGGCUUUAGGAUAUAGUUAUUAUUCUGGGAGCGUCAAUCCUCUCCCCCUAUGGUGGUACUAGUCUCUAUUCUUCCUUCCUUGUGUUGGGAUAUGAGUGUUGAUGGGGAUUUGAUGGUGGUUGUGGGCAACAACAGAGAAACUGCUGUCAAUAACAACACCCUGCCCUGCCCCGCCCCACCCCGUCCCUUUUUUGCUCUUUUUACUUCAAAUUGUGGGUUAGGACUGUAACUUUCACUGCCCCCAUGAUAUUGGUGAAAAGUAUAUCUAGUAUGUUAACUACGAUCUCGCUGUGUAUUAACAGAGUGUUCAACAGUUGAUGUGAUCAAAUGUAAUUGGUGCUCCGUUUUAAGAGUAUGUUGAAUACAUUUUCUACGUUUUCAUUAUUAUGUAAACAGAUGGGAGCGCACCACUUAUGGUGUCAUGAUUGUUGUGUUUGUAACUCUUAUAUGUAACAACAAUCCAUCAAAGUUUGAGAUGGAUAUUUCAAGGUU